CGCUUGCGCACACCAUAGGCUGAUGGCUUUUCCGCCCCUCUCCGAACAGCCAUCUAGCGGCGUCGCGCUUUUUCCCUUGUCUCUUUUCUCAUUCCCAUACUAGAAGUCACGUUUUUGUUGCGCAGAGUAAGCUGAUUCGUUGAAAAGAGAAGUGACAACCGAGAAGAAGCCGUCAUUUAGCAGGGAUUUUUGUGUCCCGUGCUGUGUUGUGAUUAUUUAACUCCUGUGCGUGUGCUCGCGUGUUCCAGCAUCUCCCAACAGGUUGUUUUCUUGCUGCAGCCGUCUCGUUCCUCCCCGUCCUCGUAUUCCCUGCAGCCAUCUCCCUGUUUUAAUUCAUGUAGUAGGAGGCAAUCUUGAAUGUCUUGUGUUCUGGCUUUCAAGGACACAGCUGUCCGUCAAGAAAUCUCGUCAUCAUUCAUUCCAUGUCAAUCUUCAACCGUAGCCCAUUCCCUUGUUUCCACAAACAGUUUCCUUUGAGCAGGUUCUAGCGUCUCGUUCGUUUCAUCUCAGGGUGUAACUGUAACCAGGGGACUACUGAACUCAAGCUGAGGACUAAACUGAAUACAACCGUACAAGGAUUCAUUAUUUGUGCAUCUGCGCAUAUAGGUCGCUAAUCAGUUACACGUAUGCUAAACAUGCUACCUUUCCCCGGAGAGUUGUUUUUUCGUGAUGACGGCUUUCAGUGGUUUUCAUUUGAAUCCUCUGAACUCUAGGCGGUGGCAUGUUUCAAAGCUGCCUUUCUGCCACCACAGAGUUUCGCGACUUCCCCGAUGCAUGGAAUCGCUCUUCCGAAUGCGGCUUCGAGUUUCCCUUCUCUGUUUGACAGGGAUGCAAUUUUUGAUCUUGUACACACCCACCCCCUACGCUUUACUUUUAUCAGAAGCGACAGAAGGCACCCCGAGUUUACUCCGAGAAGGUGAGGGUCGAGCGGGAGAGCAGCCGAAAGAUUUAAGUGGAGGGGAAUUCGAUUCCGUGCUUUCUGGAGAUCAGACAUCGAGGGCGGAACGGAACCUGAACAUACGUGCAGCAGGACUGUCGGAAGAAGACGCAAAAAGAGUUUGUGCUCGCGCUGAAGAUCUCCCGGCUUGUGUUCGUCAACAAAUCGCCGAGCCUGUUCUGGGGCAGAUACACCGACAGAGAUCAGCCGUCAUCGGAGUUCUUGCACAAGGCCCAGUUUUACCCUUUGUCACAGGGCCUAGGGAACCCUUUCCACAUGACGCAGGACGUCUUCCUGAGGACGGUGGUCCCUCCUACAUCGCUGCCUCGUACGCCAAGUUCAUCGAAGCCAGUGGAUCCAAAGCUGUUCCUGUCCCCGCCUUUGCGUCGGAAGAAGAGUAUCGAGAAGUCUUCGACUCUCUGGAUGGCUUGAUUUUGCCCGGAGGAGAAGCGGCAAUUGACAAAGCCAGUGCUGCAUACUAUCGAGCGACAAGACUUUUUCUUCAGUGGGCUAAAGAGGCAAACGACGCAGGGCGUUACUUCCCUGUCUUCGGUAUCUGCUUGGGGUUUGAGGCGAUGAUGAUUUGGGGCAGUGAGGGUAGAUUUGACUAUUUUUCUGUGGAUGACUACAGGAAUCUAGAUCGAGCGAGGCCACUGAAACUUCUGCCCGGCGCGCUUCAGUCUCGCCUGUUCGGUGGGCCCGGUUUUCCAUCCGAAAAAGAAGCGCAUCCUCCCGCGAUGGCCUCCAAGUCGAAAUACUCGAGAGGAGACAAAGACAACUCCUCUCUGCAAGAUGAAGGACCAGCUAUUAUUGUAGACAGAACACCGCGCUUGGAUGCUGCAGCCUCGGAAGGAAAAAUGGAGAGAGCCACCGGAAAUACUCAGGCACCCACGCGCAGGUUGCUGUUUCUCCAGAGAGGCAGGAACGAACGUGAGUUUCUAGGUGCCAGGCGAGGCACCUUUGAAGGGGGAAGGAAUCUGAAUUCCGUGUCGGGAGGAACCUUUCGGGUGAAGCUAGGAGGGAAGAGUUCGAUACCCUCUUCCUUCUCUUCUCGAGAGUCGGCGAAGGGUGCAGACACAACAGGAAAGGAGCCUACGCGACCGACUGUCGAAGGCCUACAACGUGGAGAGCGUCGGGAGGCGUUUGUGCAAAACCUGGUGGGACAGCAGGCGUGGGCGACGAGUCGUUCGGCUGGCAGAUUCUCUCCCCUCUUCGGGCAAGAAAGCGGUACGAGUGGUAAUGUGGACUUCUCAACUCCAAGAUCUGGAAAUUCCAUCAUCCCGGUGUUGCCUCCAGACGCCGCCAAGUCGCCGAGAGAAAUGUACAGCUCAGAUGUUCCGCUGUCCGCCGGGGAACGAACUACACGGGAUGGAAUUGACGACGACGACACUCUGGAGGAAGUGACGAAACCCAAAAGUGUUGCAAUGCUCUUGCAAAGCCAGCCUGCUUCCUAUUUCCACCAUCAUCGCCGCAUGACUCGGGUAGAGUUUGAAAGGGAUCCCCAUUUGUCCAGAACAUUCCAGCUCGUUGCCACCGCCCUCGUCGGGGAUGGAACGAACCGAGAUGAGAGCGACGAGAUCGUUGCAAUUGUCGAGGCCAAAGAGUAUCCGUUCUAUGGCUUUCAGAGCCAUCCGGAGAAGCCUCUCUUCGAGCACUGUCCGUUUGCCCAGGUUCCUCAUGACAUGGUCUCUCGUCUGACCUCACUCUACAUCGCGGCGUUUCUGGGAAGCGAGGCGAAUAAAUCAAACCGUCCCGUUGAACGGUAUGAAAAAGAAUGGCGUCACUUGUUCGAACGAUACCCGGUAUACAGUACCUCGUCUCCAGACCGAGCCUACCUUUUCGAACAGGUGUACAUUUUUCCUGGUACGCAGGCGGGACUUCGCGAUUCUGAGGAAAAACAAGAAGAUGAAAUGGGUUCAGUCCGAAUGGUGGCAACCAUGUAGGAAGACAGUUUCUCAUCGUUGCUGCGACCCUGACUGUUCGCAGAGACACCGUAUACGGGGGGACGUGGAGCUGUUGUAAAUGAAAAUAGCUCGCUGUAUUCAUCAAAAGUAACUGAAGCACUGCGUGAAGAACUGCUUUCUGAUUGCUGUUCGUCGGGAUGGACACAAGGCAAUUUCUUUCUUUUGCCGUCCAGGUUUUCCAUGCAUAUGCCUUCCUAGUACGAGGCGAAAAAGUCUCAGUCGUGUGUGUAGCAGGUGUAUUUUUUGUGGUCGCCGGAUUCUAUAAUCCUGGCGGUCGUUUUCUUCCGAAUAUGCCCAGCGUUCUACUUUGUGACUGGGAUGAGAAGAGAAGACCAACUCGAUACAUUCGCCUUCAGCUUACGGCGACGUACUUAAUGCACAUUUAGUAGGAUGGCAGCCGCUGCUUCAAUGCGUUAUUGGGUCUUAACCUGUAUGGCAGAGGGGCUUUAUCAAAGAAUCAGCUGCACGUUGGAGUUUGGUAGGUUUGCUCAUGGUAGUCCUUUGGCGUAACCACGUUUUGUACGUCUACGCAGCCUUCUCUCUGUACAGCGUUUUUUCGUAGAGAGCACGGCGAGGUACCACGUGUAUGUUGCAGCCACGAAAGGGACGGGUUUGAAAAUUUUUUUGGUGGAGAAAAAGGGCAGAAACCACCACGAGGUUGUCAGCCGGCACCAGGAAGUAGCCUUCAGUUAGUCUGUCUAGCAUGUGUGUCAAAGGUCCGACAGACGGUCGUAUCAGCCGGCAAAAACAUCUCUCAAUCAAGGUAUUUCAACAAAUCAAAAGAUGAAAAUGUGAGCUUAAGUUCUCCGAUUUUUGGUGAGGUAUUCUGUGGCUUUGGAGUCGCUCUACGGGGCCGUUGCUGACUCAACAGGUGGUCAACGUUGCAACGCGCUGGUGAACACAGAGGCUUGCUUCGAUUGUUGCCUCUACCGACAGAUAAGAUGGUGAUACGAGAGACACGUUCCCGUCCGUCAGUAAGUUCCAUUACCUGGUAACAAGUAAAGAGUGCCCCUUGAAGUGAUUCAGGCAUGAAUCACAGACUGACAUCCACC